CAUUGAAUGCCUGCCCCCCCCCCCCACAUCCAUUCCACAGUGUAGGUCUGCCAGAUUUGGACCGUUUGGGAAGUGAAGCGGAAGCAGGUCACGGUCCUGUUUGCAAGCUCAUUACGUCACAAGCAAGUGAGAGACGAUCAGUGCCGGCAGUGGGUGCAUGAUGAUGUGCGACGUCCGGGACGGUGACUACCCCGCAGCUUGAUGAGUGGGUGACGCAGUUUUCGAGGCCACAUUUGUUUGGGGAAGGAAGGCUGUACAGUGCAAAUAAUUUCUUCCACGGGGCACUUGUGAAAGCGUAGCCAGGGCAUUGCUUAGUUUAGCUUGCGACAUAACCCAUGAUGGCCCCCCACCCCAUGGUUGCGUGGUUUCUAGGGGAUCGUUGUUGGUAGCGGAAGCUGGAAGCGUUUUGGAUCGCAGUGGAGUUAUGAGUGUGUGAAGAUGUGUAGAAUUCUCUGUAGCUUUCUCGGGGAUUCUGUCGUUUUGGGGCUAUCGUCCUUGCGCCUGUGAGCCUUUGGGCGCUGUACUUUUGACUUGGAGGUGUGGAGGCUUGUGGGUUUGUGGGAGGGUCCGUGCUUUUGAAGGUGAAUUUUCUAGUCUUUUAUCUGGAAGAGAGCUUAGUGAGAUAAGUGGAGAUUUGUCUAUCUGUUUUGGUUGUUGAGGAUUGUGACUGGGACGAGGUUGGAGAGGUUAUUGUAUGUUCUGGGUGAGUGGGCCAGUUCGUUUCACUGCGUAGCUCAGUGUUGAUUUCGCGGUCGCUUCUAAGAGGGUACCUGCGGAUAUUGGGCAGAGAGGUGGUUGGGUGGAGAUAUGACACGCUGUGGCUCGUGAAUUUUUGUCGAGCCUCAAAAAACACAUCAGAGGUGUGAGACUCGCAACAUUUUAGAACGUCUCGUCCAAACUUUCAGAACCGGCAUAGGAGCUCAUUGCAUCGGCACUGGCAAUCUUCGAUUGAUGUUUCCUGAAGGGUGUGCUCAAUUUGAUGCACUGAUCAUUCUCUCUUGAUGUCGUGAGUAACAAGGGCCUGUCAACAACUCUGGCUUUGGUUCUUGACAAUGGCGCCGACGAUGAAGUAUUGGGAUGAUUGGGCGGACGUGGAGGACAUGGAGGCUAUGUGGAAUCAUCCUGAAGUGUGUCAGGAGUGGCUCAAAGUAGGUGAAGAGCGAGGGAUGAAGGUCCACUUUUCAAGAAACUUCGAUGGGAAACCUUAUGUUACUCAUACAGAGAUGAAGGGCAUGGCAGAGAUUAUUACUCGUCGACAUUUCAAGCGAUUGGAUGUGGCAAUGGUUUGUGCAAUUGCUGAGGUGGAGAGCUCACGACUACCUCUUGCUUACCGCUUUGAGCCCAAGCUUGGCGAAGCCAGCACUGGGCUUAUGCAGACGCUCCAAUCCACAGCAGAAUGGCUUGCCACAGAUAUGGGUUAUCGCGCUUACGUAAUUGAGGGGGCUUCAGCAUUACUUUACCGACCUUUUGUGAGUGUGUACUUUGGAUGUGCGUACUUGAAAUGGCUAUCAACUUAUGACGGCAAGAAGCGAAACGAGGAAUUCAUGGUUCGUGGGUAUAAUGGGGGCCCUCAAGGCGCAACCAAAACUUCUACAGUAGCUUACUGGAAUAAAUAUUUGCAGGCAAAGCAAAGCCUUCCCAAUACGAGUGAGACUCCACUCAUUUUCGUAACGCCCGCUGUUCCCCUUCGACCUCCUAGUCCAGUCGUUGCUCCACCUCCGCCGCCUCCGUCAGUGGCUACUCAAGUUAACAAGCACCAGGGUACUAGAACUAACACUGUUAAGGGCGUUGCCAGAAUACCCAAUGAUACACAGCCAACACCCAGCAGUUUUAAGACUGCUGCCGCAGAAUUGAAUAGCAGAAAAUCUACCACAAGCAGCGUCAAAGACACUGUUGUGGAACCGAGUUGCUUGAAUCCAAAACUUGGCAAGAUCAAAGAGGUUGCUGUCCAUCCGAAAAACUCAAAAGCGAAGCCCAGCUCGUCGGCGAAUGUUCACAAAAAAGAGUGGACUUACUGGGAUGAGAAAACAUCUCCUGAGGAUUUGGAAGAAAUGUGGAGGCACCCACAAGUUAAAAAGGAGUGGACAGACUCAAAUGAGAAAAUAGGUCAAGUGAGAUUUGCUCGUGAUGCAGAGCUUAGGCCUUACUUGACCACUACUGAAGUGAAGGCAGUGGCGGAGAUAGUUGUGUUCCGACAUUUUGCUGAACGAGUUUCGCCGAUCAUGCUGCGGACAAUUGCGGAGGUCAGUAGCAAAAGACGGCUGUAUGGAGCUGAUGGAAUCUCAGGGGUGAUGCAAACUGCGUAUCCAACUGCUGCCUGGCUAUACAAGGAUAUGGGCUUCAAGUCAUAUAAGUUACGAUCUAGAGAUGAUCUUUCCAACCCAUUCCUGGCAAUGUAUUUUGGCGCAGCAUAUGUUUGUUGGCUAAGCACUUAUAAUGGAAGGCCUAGGACAGAUGAAUUCGUGUUGCGGGCCUACUACUCAGGCCCCAACGGUGUGGAAGAGCCAUCAGCUGGGAUUUUUUAUCAAAAGUAUCUGGCCCAUCUGCAAGCAACUGCACCCAAGCUUCACUGUUGUGUUGCGAAGGAUCGGGAUUUGAACCUCUUCCCUGGUCUAGUGUAUCGCAAAUAAAUUGCAGACACUCUGCCGGAUGCUACGUAGUGAAACCAGGAGGGAUUCUUUAUCUAAAUGUUGAUUUGAGAUUUUUGUUUUUUAAAUUAAUGGAGGACUCAUGUACAGUACAUAGAAUCGCUGGUCAGGCAUAGGGGCUCUAGAGUUGCUUUGAGCUAGCUUUUGAGCAUAGUGAAAAAUGCAAAUGAUUUUAAUGGAGCACUCUACUGAUCAUCCUGGAUUCAUCUUGUCACAAAUCACUGUACAUUUGAAAUGAUAUGCAUGUGAAUGGAGUAUCAACAAUGAGGAAAAAUCAUAGGAUCGUGUAAAAUGAUAAAACUCGAAUCUUUACACAUAUGAGCUUAUGAUGUGUUUGCUUGGCCGUAGGAAAAGCACAAGCAGGGGAGGUCAAUGGACCUCUACUGCACUGUGGCGAGGCACGGAUCCUGCAUUUCAGGCUCCACCAAACCAAUCUAUCUGGAGACGAUUAUGGGCAUCAUCUUGAACGGAUGGUAUCCACACAACACCCGGCAGAUUGUAAAGAAAGCUGUGCAAAGUGUAAAGAUGAGUUUAGUGGAUCUUCGUAUUAGCGCACUUGUAUACCCUGCUGGAUUCUUCAGGAUCUUUUGUGAGGAAUUCCCAUUGCAAGAUUCAGUUAGACCAAUUCAUAGAUUAGGCUUCAAUGUAGUCUUUGGUAUGACUGUCGUUAGUUGGUCCAUGUGUUGCCGCAAGGUACGUGAUUUUGACUUUCUGCUGUUUUAUGCUCUGACCGUUACUGUUGAAUCAGCACCCAUCAAACGGCCACUGAAGAGUCAUAGAACAUGGCAAAACGGCUUGAACAGUUUCCUUAGCAAUGGGUUUAUAUUCUUGUACAAGCUUUUCAGUUGAUUUAAAUUCAUGAGUUCUGUUUAGAACUUACCUGUUUCCAUUGCAA